AUGAAACAAGAGACGGCAUUCGAUGCGAUGAAGUCAUCUGUCCAAACAAUUGCAUUCAUUUUCUCUUGUUUUUCAAAUCUCAUUCUCAUUUUUCUCAUCUGCACGAAAUCACCGAAACGACUUGGCUCCUACAAAUACUUGAUGGUCUAUUUCUGUGUGUUCGCAAUUUGUUUUUCGGUUUUGGAUAUUAUAUUGCAACCGUACAUCCUCUCCGCCGGCCCUGGAUUCAUCGUCAUCACUGAAAUCAAGAACACUUUCCUGGGAUCAUUCGGGGAAACUUGUCUACUCAGUUCCCUAUGUGGUUGUUUUGGAUGUAUCCUUGCCACGAUUGCCAUUCAUUUCAUUUUCAGAUACUUUGCUCUUGAAAGAAAAGGAAAACUGCGUUAUUUUCAAGGACAAUAUCUCAUCGGGUGGCUCUCAAUUCCAGGUAUUGUAGGUGCUGUCUGGACUAUUGUUACCGUCUAUUUCUGUGCUCCGAAUGAUAUCACUAUGGAGUAUUCUAGACAAUUGAUGAAAGACCACUACCAGAUAGACCUAAAUAAUGUCACCUACAUUGGAUCUAUCUACUUCAUAAAAGAUGGAAAAGGAAACUCGAUGCCGAAUGAGUUUGCACUUCUUGGAAUGGCGAUUCUGUUCAGUAUUAUGGGCGUCUCCUUAUCCAUCCUUGCAUUUUUCGCAACCAAAUGCUACAAUCGAAUCAAGACUCUGAUCUACGAGGGAGAGUCCUCAUUCACCAGAAAUCUCCAGAAGCAACUAUACAAAGCAUUGGUUGCCCAGGCAUCCAUUCCAAUGUUAUUCAUUUUCAUGCCUGUUGGACUCUACUUAACCCUUCCACUCGUUGGAAUCCAAUUGGAAGUCAGUGGAGAGAUUGUGACGUUUGUGUAUGCUUUGUAUCCGGCGUUGGAUCCGCUGCCGAUCAUUUUUAUCAUUGACAACUAUCGAUACGCGAUUUUUGGUAAGCAUCAAAAGAAUCAAUUUCAGUUUCACGAGAUUGAUAAACUCCUUAUGUAG